UAUGAAGGUAAAUUGAGAUUCUAUCUGCUCUAUCACAGACAUGGGAAAUUACCAUAAAACUUCAGACAGGUAGAAAAGAUACAAUGAAUAAACAGAUACAUCAACUGUUUCUCUUGAGUUUUAUUGUCUGUGCCAUUGCUAAAGUUGAAUGGAAAAUAGAACAAAAAAUAUCAGCAUAUGGUGAAGAUUUAAGACUUCUUUGUAUUGCUGAUAAUUAUGCCUUUGAUGGAGGAAAGAUUAAAAGAUGGGAAGGAGGACCUAAGCAGAAAAUGCUGACAUUAAAUGGUGCUCCUGAUCAAGAGGAUGUUAUGAAAUAUAAGAUGUCCAUGCUAGAAAAUGGCUUUGAUUUGGUCAUUAACAAUGUAACGAAAGCUGAUUUGAAUGUGACAUAUGACUGCACAUAUGGAUUUAAUACCUCAGGCAAAGUUGUAUUGAAAAUAGAAGAUGCUUUUGAAGUAAGAAAGACUGUGAAACCUAGUAAAGUAGAAAGAGAGGGAACUAACACUUCAAAAGUUUAUGUUAUCCCAUUUUCAGUGUUGGCUGUUGUUGCUGUAAUUGUCAUCCUGUUAAUAAUUUUACACUGUAAAGGAAAACUUAAAGAUCUGAAAGGCAAAUUAUGUGGUAUCAGGGAAAAUGAAGAACGUGACCAAGAGUUAGGAUUAGAAGAAAAACAAGAGACAGGACUUUGUCUUCAACAGCCUAAUGGAUAUGCUAGUCAUCAUUCUAAUGGAGGAACAAGUGUUUCUAUAGAAGCUGAAGGAGAUGAGUUAUUACUCUCACAUUCAAAUGAUGGAAAUUCAGAAAGCAUAAUAGAUGUUCCAUUUGAGUCGUAUCAAAGAAGCCAGACAGAAUUAAUAACAGAAGAGCCAUGUAACACAGAUCAUGAUACUUUCAAUUAUACUUCAGUUAAAAGUGUUAUUACUCCCAAAGACACUGCAUCAUGUUUUUUCACAGAAGUUAAUGAAUGUGACUUAUUACCUCAACAACAUGAAGAGUGUACAGAUUUUCCAGUUGUACCUUUGACACCUCAUCAAUCUGAAUUAGUAACAAGUGUAACAGAAAGUAAAACAUUAGAGCAAUGCAAUACUAACCCUGAUGGAGAAUCUGCAGAUGAAACUCCACUUAAAGGUGUCACUGCUGUCGGAGACACUGCAUCACCACCGACAGCAAGUGUUCCUGGUAGUGACUUCCAAUUUAGUAUAUCAAAUGUGCAAUAUAAGAAAAAGUGUACAUCUGCUCAUGCUAAAUAUAAUCCAGCAUAUAAAAAUCAAAAUACCAGAGAAAAAAGCUUCAAGUCACCACAUUGCAAUUGGACUCUCUCACAACCAUCAAUACAACAAAUGGCCAAAGCUGGAUUCUUCUGUAAUGGAUAUAAAUCAAAAGUGCAGUGCUAUUCCUGUGGUAAAAAGAGUGAUUGGCAAGAAGGAGAUGAUCCAUUUGAUGAAAUCUUUCAUGAAAAUUGUCGACAUUUGAAAUACAUAAAGCAAAAACAGACUUCAAGUGAAAACUCUUAGCAGAAUCAAACUACCAACUGAACUGCAGUUAAAUGUUAAAAUGGAGUAAAAACAAUGAUAUUUGCUAUCAAUUGACUAAAUGCAUAAUUUCAAAUUAUCCCAUUUGAAAAUAACCUUCUUUCUACAGAUGAUAUAAUUGUUCCAAGAACAGAAAGAUGCUGAUCUGAUGAUUACAUUUUAUAUUUUGAGUUAAUGGCUAUGAUGCAGGAUAGUGUUCUGUUUUAUGGAGAAGGCAGAAAUAUGUCCAACUAAGCAUUGACACCGAAUACAACUAUUUUAUAGAGGAAUUUAUUAGAAGUGCAUAAAAUGCAUGUUUAACAGUCAAUCAUAUUAAUUUUUUUAAUUUUGCAUUUGACAUUA